AUGAGGGGUACACAUGAAGAUUCCUAUACUUUCUACAAAUUAGAUGUGGUGUCCUUAUAUCCAUCUGUACCUGUUUUUGAAGCCAUAAUGCUUGCUAACUCCUUGAUCAUCAAAAAGGGUUUUAGUAUACAACAAGUGCUAGACAUACAUGAUGCGCUGACAUUCAUCACUGAGCACAAUUAUUUCCUUUUCAACAAGAGCAUCUACUUGCAGAAGCCAGGAGUUCCUAUGGGCUCCCCGCUAUCUGUAGUCUUGGCCAAGCUCAUUAUGAGAGAAAUCAAGCUUAGAAUUUUCAACUCCCCUCUUACCACCAGUUAUCUGUCUCUAUACUUACAUUAUGUCAACGAUAUCCUAAUAGUAUGGGAGAGUACAGAGGAGGAGUUUAUCAAAUUUGUGCAGCAACUCGCAAGCAUAUACCCUACUAUCAGUUUCACUUGGGAGAGGGAGCAUGAGGAAUCAAUAGCGUUCCUGGAUCUGCAUAUACAAAAGUUGGUUGAGGGGCUGCAAUUUGCCAUUCAUCGCAAAUCUGAUGUGUUACCGUAUAUUAUCCCGGCAGAAGCUUUCCAACCGUCGCGGUACAUCAAUGCCGCCAUUGCUGCACGCGUUAGAAGAGCAUUACUGCUUCUGUCGACGCAGCUAGCAACAAAAAUCGAAUUAGACAUCAUCAGAGUAGUGGUAUUGCUUGCAGGAUUCACGCAUUGCAAAUAUGAACAUGUGCUUCAUAAG